GACUUCGACUUCGACUUCGACUUCGACUUCGAUUUAAAGUACAGACAAGUACAGCCAUUUGUCGAAGGAAAUUCUAACCUAGCGAGGAAAAUGAUUGUGCGUCGGUGCGAAUGUUGUUUCGAGAUAAAAGGGAGAACAGUAAAAAAACUGUGAUUCUGCGAGCAACGCGUAACUACCGAUUUUAGAAAUAACUGAAUCGAAUAAACAAGAUUUAAGCUAUCGUCAGUUUAAAGAGAAAUAGAAUUGUAAUCAAAGUGAUUACUCGAAAUUCUUCUCUAAUAUUUUCUAACAAUCGAUUAUUCCCUUCUAGCUUCUCUAAAUAUCUCACUUAAACAAGAAGAAUAAAAGUUAUCGUAUUGAUCAUCAUUGUACACAGGAUCAAAGGAGAGAGGAAAUUUAAAAUUGUUUCACGACGCUCGUUGUUAUCCUGGGUAUGCGUAGUAAUGUCUUCGGCAAACAGUGUAGAAUCUCUAGGAACGCUACAAUGGGAUAUAAUCGAAUUAGCCAAUCAUUUGCGUCAGGAACGCUUGUUUGUUACUUCAGAGCAACAAAAUUUGCAAAUACUCAAUGAGAAAGUAUUAUAUGCGUCGUCUAAUUUGGCACAACAAGCAUGGAUCACAGCGCAACAAAGAGUUAAUCUCAAUCAACUGAUAAUGUCUAAACCAUACUGUACACCGGCAUCUUGUUGUCAACGAGCAAAUACAUUGGAAAAUUCAAACUUUAUCGAUGUGUACAAGUAUUUACGUUAUCAAACGUGUUUGUUGUACGGGGAAUUCUUAGGUGCUCUUAGAAAGUCUCCGAAACUACUUGCGUUGUGUUUGGUCGAGGGGGAUAAGUUAUUACCAGACUCUGUACAAACUAUAGUUCAAUCGUUAGCAGCUGGUUUAUACGGUAGCUGUUUGCUACCGGAGGAUAAAAUUUUGGUUUUAAAGUUACUGAAACAUCUAAUGCUGCUACAAAUUGUACCAUCUGACAAUCCUCGAAGAUUACUCAGACACGGCACGUGUGCUUUUUCUAGGUUUUACUCAGUUUUUCAUGAAAGUCUAUUUUCAGCCAAGUUUUUCUUAACCGCUGCUUUGCAUAAUCCUAUCGUACAGUUAUUAAUGGAAGAUGAAAUGUUUCUCGAUAUUGACCCAGAUAAAGCACCCAUAAGAUUUCCUCCGUCUGAAAGAUUAAAAAAAUUUGGCAAAGAAGGUACUGCAGAGUAUGAAAUGAAGCUGCAGCGUUAUAGGCUGUGGACAAUUAAUUCUCUGUUCCACAUUACGCAAAGAUUUAUCAUCAGUAUACGGGAAAAUAUGCAUUGUUUUCCAAGCAGUGUGUGCUGGCUGGUUAGACAGAUGGCAGGACUAUUGGGGAAAAGUGGAAAUGUUGACUCGAAAGAGGUACAUGCAAUGUGCACUGAUUUGGUUUUUACGUAUUUCAUAUGCCCUGCGAUAGUAAAUCCAGAGCCAUAUGGUAUCACCGAUGCGCCUAUUAGCUACGUUGCUCGAUUCAAUCUCAUGCAAGUUGGGCAAAUUUUGCAAAUGCUUUCCUUAAUGAAAUAUCAGACUGUCGAUAACAAAACGUUCGAUCUGUACAAGAAAUUCGAUAAGGAUUCCGUUUCUUCUAUAAUAGAUGUAAUGGUGGACGGUGCAACGGAAGAACUCGAGGACGAACCUAAUAUCAUUGAUAAUAACAAACUUCGAGGUCUUUCUCGCUCCGCCGCUUUAUUCACAGAAACGGAAUUGAAUACAUUGAUUAUGUUUCUACAAACUAUCGCUACAGAGGCUACGGUAGAUAUCGCCUCACGAUCCGCCGUAUUUGACAAAAAACAACUGAUCGAUAUGCUCUCUCAGUUACCUUCCGGUUCCUUAACUACUAAUAAAUUGGUUAACAAUGUUUCUGUCGAAACUACCAGCAAGAAGGGAGGUCUCUUAGGCAAAGGAAAGGGUCGAGGAGUGCGAGUAUCGUCAUCGUCGUCAUACUCGUCUAAUACGACUAAUGACGGGGGAGAUGAAUUGAAUGGUACCUCGACUCCUGAAGAAGAAUCUGUUGAUAAAAAUCGUCAAGAUGUUCUUGUAAUUCCAUUUGGUCCGAAUACUGGAGAAUUCGUAGGACUUCUUAGUGAACAGAAAGUAUUGUGCACAGAACUUCAAUCCAAUAUGGAUAAUCAUUCGGUGAAUCUGAAUCUUUCUGAUGAUAUAUCUAACGUGCAUGACAGACGAGAGAACUGCGAUGUUGAACGUACUGAAAAUCAAGAGAAAAAGACUAGAUUUUCGCUCUCCCAUGAUGAAGUUUUAUUCGAAGGUUUUAUUGGAAAUACUUCAGAUAAUUUGGAAGCGGUAUCAGAAGCUGCUUCAAAUCAUAGUGUCGCUUCCUCGCUCGAGUUGGAAACGGAGGAUCAAAAUGAUAAUCUCUCGGAUAUGGUAUCUGCCAGUGUGUCGGGACGAGGAACGCCCAAUAUAUCAGGUCGUGAUACCCCGUCAUCUCAAAUUACCGAGGGUGACGAAGGACGUACAGUGGGUGAAACUCGGCAACUAGAUUUACCUCCGUCAAACAUAACAACCAAACAAAGUCGAUCCGAAAUAGACGACAAGUUCUGCAAAUUCGAGAUUAAAAAAUUAAUUGAAGGAGAUGAAACUGUUUCAAUGGUAUCGGAUACCUGGUCAACGGAUGUUCUUGCUUCGGAUAGCGAAAUAAUUGAGCAACAAGAGAAAAUAUUAUAUCCUCCUUCGUCCGAGCAAACUCCUCCAGUUUUACCAACAACGUCGGAAUCAGUACCGCAAGCUGUACUAGAUGUUAGCGAAACUGCAUCGGAAGCGUGGAGCACCGAUGUAUUGGCUAGUGAUUCUGAAAGAUUGACGGAAGUCGACACCGACGAUACCGCUAGUGUUGCAAGAUCCGAUGAUACCGCGAGAUCCGAAAUCGAAGUUGAACCUCGAAGCGAAACUGAAACGACCGAGAAAACUUUGGCACAAGCGAUUCCUCAGAAUGUUACGUCAACCGAAUGUGUGUCAGCAACAAAUCUUCAGUCGAUGUUGAUAAAUCAAGAAAAUAUGCAAUUUCCUGCGAAUGUUGUCCUUUUGCCAACAACAUCUCUAUCGGCAUCGUCUUUAAAUGUAACUGGACAAAAUGCAAGCAGUUCCAAUUAUCAGACAAGCAUGACAGAAUAUGUUGAUAAAAAUGCUAAUAGCAUUGCCGAUAGUUCGACUGAUUAUGGUAAAUCCUUGUGCGAGGAUAGAUUAGUUCAUCUCAUAGACAAACUUCACAUCGAGAAUGGAAAGGGUCAAAUGGAACGACAAAUUUCUUCGACUCAUAAUCGUAUCAGUGUAGCAGCUGUUGCGCCAGCUUUGUUGUUAGCCAAUCAUAUAUCACCGUCCAUAUUGUCGAACACAGAAAAGUCACACAAUACCAACAUGAAAUCAGAGUCGCAGGAAUUGGAAAGUAGCUUAGUCAGUUCGAUUGACGAAACUGUUAACGAAAGCUGCCCGGACGGCGUUGUCGGAUUAAGCACUGGUAGCUUGACAUCCAGCAGUAGUUCUGGCUCUGAGACACGAAUGAAAACUACAAAUUCGAUAUUACCAUUAUCGGCGGGAACGAUGAAUGAAAAUUGCGACAUGACAAUGAACGAUUGUCCGAAACCAACUGUAUCCAGCGGUGCCAUACCAAAAAGUAUUAGCUUCGAUAUGACUGCGGAGCGCGGAGACAAGGAAUUGUUGGACGAUGAUCAGAAAAAUAAAAGAAGUUUUUUUGGAAAAUUGAAAAUGUCCCUGCGAAAUCGCCGUGGUAAGGUGGUUCGUGGUACAGACGACAUCGGCAGAUGUUACGAUCGAGAAGCCAUGGGUGAUAAUAUUGACAUAGGGAGGCAUAGAUUACGUAGAAUAAUGUCAGAAGAUGUGUCAUCAACUGGUAACGCAAACGGUGAUAGUACGGACGAUAUUUUGGCUAAAUAUAGGAGGAAACCAAGUACUGCAAGCGACACAGAAGCAUCUGUAGAAAGUAAUCAAUCUCGUAUAAAAGAGCCUACCGAAGAUGAAAGGCUUCUUAUAGAUCCGAAUAACGUUGAACUUUCCUACGCGUUUUCUGAUGCAAAAAGAAAAUUGAGAAUGGUACUUAGUACCGCUGAUCUUCAACAUGUUUCUUGGAGUGCUAUAUCCGAGAGGAAUUAUUGGUCGCAAAAAGAAAAUGAAUUAGUCGCUUUCCUGCAGUUGCAAUUGGCAGAAGCUAUUAAUUUACAAGACAGAGCGUUGAUAGCGCAUCUGCACGAAACAUUACGUUGUGUUAGAUUAUUCAACGACGACGGUUGUAGGAAAUUAUUCAAAUCAUUGCGUGACGAUUAUCAAAAACGAUCGCCUUAUAUCGCAUAUUUGAUCAGAUGUCGCCAAGGAUUACUUUCUACAUUGGCUCACUUGGAUAGAUUAUGUAUUAGAGUAAAGUGUGAUCGUGAUGCUGUUAAUAACCAUCUCGUAUCUGUUUGCGUAAGAGUUUUUUUAGAGAAAAAAGAGUCGCUUUUAUUACGUUUUUGUGACGAAUUUAAAAAAUUAACAUUGGCAGACGAGAAGCAAGAUUUGGUUGAUAGUUUCUUAGGCAAACUUAACGCGAAAAUAGAUAACGAUCCAAUUUGGCAAUGUGCGUGCGAAAAUCAACUAAAUUUGGCAAGAGUUGCAGUCGAAAGGACCGUAAUGGCACGCGUUUACCAUAACGCGCUUUAUCCAAAUGGCGAUGGUGACGUUUACAGGGACCAAUUACUUUAUGAUCACAUUAAAAAACUGGCCAAAGUCGUAACACCGAACCACAAGGAUUUACGAAUUCCUAAAAUAUAUCAUUAUGAAUGUCCCUGGCCAUGGGCUCAAGCGGAAUUAGCUGUGAUAUCAGCAUAUAAAACGCCUAGGGAUAAGCUGCAAUGUGUUUUUCGUUGUGCUACCACAAUCAUGAACCUGCUUUCAAUGGCAACUGAGAGAGGAGUACCUGCAGCCGAUGAUUUAAUUCCUGUAUUAGUCUACGUUAUUAUCAAAACCAAUCCGCCGUCCCUGCUUUCUACUAUACAAUACGUGGAUAGUUUCUACGGGAAUCGAUUAGGCGGAGAAGAACAAUAUUGGUGGACGCAGUUUUGCUCCGCGAUUGAAUUUAUAAAGACUAUGGAUUAAAUCACAUCUAGUUAUAUAAGUUAUCUCUGGAACAUGUAGAAAUAGUGUAUCAUAAUUUUUGUUGCCUAUCGUUAUAAUCUUACAAUAAUUUUUAUUAUUAGUACUA